UUCUCAAAACAUGAAAAGGGUAAAUGCCAACAGAAUAGCUUUCAGAUCUGAUGCCAUGUUCCAUAUCUUCUGUCACAUGGAACUUUUAAAGGUCCAGGAAGAUUAGAAGUAAACGCUCUCUGCACAUAUACCUAGGAGAGGAAACAGCCCCAGAGAGAAAUGAUUCUGGACGUCCUGAACAUGGUGCAGUACAACAUCACCGAGGUUAUGCCUGUAGUGGCCCCUGCUACAGCAGCUUCUGUUGUAAUCUUCAUAUUUUUGCUUAUAAUCAUUUGGAAUUAUGAGGAUACCUCAUCAAUACCAGGUCCUUCCUAUUGUCUGGGACUUGGUCCACUGAUAUCCUAUGGAAGAUUUCUAUGGAAGGGAAUUGGAAGUGCAUCAAAUUACUACAAUACCAUAUAUGGGGACUUUGUAAGAGUCUGGAUCAAUGGUGAGGAAACACUCAUCAUCAGCAGAUCUUCUGCAACAUGCCACGUGAUGAAGCACCCUCAUUAUGUGUCAAGGUUUGGCAGCAAACUGGGAUUACAGUGUAUUGGCAUGAAUGAAAACGGAAUCAUAUUUAAUAGUAAUCCAUCUCUGUGGAAGACAAUACGUCCCUUCUUCAACAGAGCCUUGUCUGGACCUGGACUCAUACAGACCACAGAGCACUGCAUUAAGUCAACUAAGCUUUUUCUAGCAAAGUUGGCUGAUGUUGCAGAUGAAAUGGGAAACAUAAAUGUACUCAAACUAAUGAGACUUAUUAUGUUAGACACCUCCAAUAACCUAUUUCUAAGAGUUCCCUUUGAUGAAAAUGACAUUGUUCUAAAAAUUCAGAAAUACUUUGACGCAUGGCAGGCGCUUCUGCUGAAACCGGACAUAUUCUUCAAAAUCUCCUGGCUUUACAAGAAGUAUGAGAAAUCAGCCAAUGAUUUGAAAGAAGCUGUUGAAGUUCUCAUUGAACAAAAACGACAGGAGAUUUCAACUUCAGAGAAUCUAAGUGAAAAUGUAGAUUUUGCAUCAGAGCUUAUCUUCGCACAGAAUAAUGGAGAACUGACAGCAGAGAAUGUGAACCAAAGCAUCUUGGAGAUGCUGAUUGCUGCUCCUGACACCAUGUCCAUAACUCUCUACUUCAUGCUUGUUUUGAUCGCACAGCAUCCAAAGACUGAAGAGAUGAUAAUGAAUGAGAUUCACUCUGUUAUUGGUGACCGGGAAGUGCAGCAUAGUGAUUUGCAAAACCUUAAAGUGCUAGAGAACGUCAUCUACGAAAGCAUGCGGUACCAGCCUGUGGUAGACAUGGUCAUGCGCAGGGCUUUGGAGGACGAUGUCAUUGAUGGCUAUUAUGUGAAGAAAGGAACCAACAUCAUCUUAAAUCUGGGACGCAUGCACAGAGUUGAAUUUUUUCCAAAGCCAAAUGAAUUCACCCUGGAAAAUUUUGAAAAGACGGUUCCACAUCGCUACUUUCAGCCAUUUGGUUUUGGCCCCCGGGCAUGUGCAGGAAAAUACAUAGCCAUGGUGAUGAUGAAAGCAAUUAUUGUGACUCUCCUGAAGAGAUACAAGGUGCAGACCCUACAAGGACGGUCUCUGGAGAACAUCCAUAACAAAAACAAUCUGGCCUUGCAGCCUGAUGAAUCCCAGCCCUCAUUAGAGAUGAUUUUCAUUCCGCUUCACACAGCUCAGCCUAAACACUAGCACAGGAAUACGCACAUUCCUGCCAGGUCUGGAAUCCUGAAAUGUAAUUAAUCUAGAGUUAGUGGCAGUGUUGGUCUGUGUUAAAUCUUGACUUAACUACUACUAUUUAAUGGCUGUAAUUAUUGAUAAUAGAAUAUCAUUGCAUGUCUGAUCUAUGUUUAUUUAAAAAUAUUAUUAUUAAAAUAUAAUGUAUAUUUUUCAUAUAUUAUACAAAAUGCUUUGUACAUUUAAUAUAUGUAAUUGUUUAACUAUACAACAGUUUCCUUUCUACAGAUUUACCAAUAUUUAACAGAUAAACUAGCUUAUUAAUGCACUAUCAUGGCAUAAACCUAAACCUAUUAUAUUCAUGUACAUAAGAUGAAAUGUUUCCUCUGUUUUGAAAGUUUCAUUUAUUGGUGAUGUAUCAAGAAUUUGAGAGCAAGAAAGUGGACAAGUUGCCAUAGCAACCAAUUAUAGUGUUUAUCUUACAGGGACAGUUAUACACUUCUUUAUUUCUGUUUACAUAUUUCUGUUAUAUUCCAAUGUUAUGAAGGAUCAUUGGCAUCACAACUCAGUAACCCGGACUGGGAAGGUUCACAGACGGUUUGGCCUUUUGGUACAGGACACGGCCUACGCCCAAUUUUGUUUGUUUCUUUGGUUCAGUAAAUCACCUUCUAUAGUAGACAGGGGCGUAAGUCCAUCACAGUUGCUCGGAGGCAAGUUGGAGUUUGGUCCCCCCUCCUGAAAAAAAAGGGAAAUCAAAUACAGUGUGUGUGUGUGUAUAUAUAUAUAUAUAUAUAUAUAUAUAUAUAAAAGAAACACACUCUACUUACAUAAUUAUUUAGGUAGCACUCUCAGACAGUGUGCAUGGACCAGAGCCUGCAGUGAUUUUGCGUGUGUGUGCGUCUAUGUGUGUGUGUUCUACUCAAAUGUACCCAGUUUUUAUGGGACGCUCAUUUACCUUCACAUCAAAAUGGCCUAGUUUAAGUGAGCAUGAAUCUUUCAUCUACUUACGGGAAAUUGGCAGAUCUACUGUACAUUCUGCACCCAAAACUUAGAUUUCACUUUGUAUGACAUGACAUUUUUAAAUGAAAUUGAAGAAGUAAGCAGGGCACACAUAAUGGGACAUUGGCUGAUUUUCAGGUGUGCACAUAAAGUCACAUUAUCAUAUGCUGAAGAACUUGUUCUUUACCCUGUACUAGUGUCGGUAAUGCUAUAUUUUGUAUAGAUUGUUUUUUUUGUUUUGUUUUUUAAUUCUUUAUUUUUGAAAAACACGUGGUAAACAAUACAAUCUGACAUAGAAAUAUACAGAUCAACAAGCUUAUAAAAAUACAUGUCAAGAAAUGUACUUAUUGUUUUUUUAUCACCAUCCAUACAUAUGACACAAGUAAAUGCAUUUAUACGAGCACAAAUCAGCGUGUAAUAAAAAUAUAUAAACAUGCAAUAGUAACACAUGACUCACUCUUAUGAUUAAGACAUGACUCAGGCUGGAACAAGUAAUAUUUUAGGAGAACAUGAAGAACUACUUUAAUAAAUGAGUGCCAGGUAGUGCUACAAUAUUAGUAGGCUGGACUUUAAAGUAAUGUUUCAACUCUUUUUGCAUGUGUAGAAAUGACCCUUAUUGAAUGUUCCAUGUAUAACUUAAUACACUCUCAAGUUAUUUGAACCAGACAGAACACUAUGGGACUUAUUCAGGUUUUUAAGAAAACUAAAAAGCACAGAAAUAGUCAAAACCAUGCUGCAUUGCAGAUGGGGCAGAUGUAACAUGUGCAGAGAGAGUUAGAUUUGGGUGGGGUGUGUUCAAACUGAAAUCCUAAAUUGUAGUGUAAAAAUAAAGCAGCCAGUACUAUUUACCCUGCACAGAAACAAUAUAACCCACCCAAAUAUUGUUCUCUCUGCACAUGUUACAUCUGCCCGACCUGCAGUGCAAUAUGGUUUUUCCCAUUAGUGUGCUUUUUUGGUUUGCUAACAAGCCCCUACAUUAUAUUGUAAAAUGACUACUAAAUAAUGAUUGCUACAGAUAAAUUCUAUCAUGCUUAGAAAUUUCAGUAAGAAUAAUGGAUUCAAAAAAUUGUAAUCUUUAUAUUUUUUCCUGUGUUUCUGACCUGGAAGAAGUAUAAAGUCAUUAUACUUGUAAUAUAAUGAUUUGAUCUGCAGACAAUCCAGCAUAUCCUAAAUCUAAUUCUGUAUAGUCAGGGAUGGACUAGGGCUGUUAAACAGCCCUGUCAUGUGACCGACCACUCCGAACACACACGUCUGAAAAGGUGACAUGCUUAUGGCUCAUGGGGGUGGCACCCCAUCCCUGGCCACCUCCUGGGUGGCCAAGCAGAGCACUGCGAGGCAGAGCUGCUUGGCUAACCCCUGUAUAUGAGAGCCAGGCAGCUGGGCAGAGUGCCAGGAGGCUGAACCAGCCCAUUGACCCUUCUGGCAUUUGCCAGAAGUGCCAAACGGGCAGUACGACCCUGUUUAACUUUAUAGAAGUAUAAGACACUUGCAUAACAAAACUUUACCUUAGCCGGCAAACCUUUCAAGCAUUCACUCAUAGUUACGCUAUAUACAGUAGGCAAGCUUCUUAAAUUCCUGAACCACCUCCUAUGGGGUCUAGUUACUAAGCCUUGGGUGGAGAUAAAGUCGCUGGAGAUAAAGUACCAGCCAAUCAGCUCCUAACUGUCAUUUUUCAAACACAGCCUGUGGCAUAGUAGUUAGGGGGUUCACUACGAUAUGCCGGCGGUCGGGCUCCCGGUGACCAGCAUACCGGCGCCGGGAGCCCGAACGCCGGCUUACCGACAGUGUGGCGAGCGCAAAUGAGCCCCUUGCGGGCUUGCUGCUCUCACCACGCUACGGGCACGGUGCACGCUAUUUUAUUCUCCCUCCAGGGGGGCCGUGGACCCCCACGAGGGAGAAUAAGUGUCGGUAUGCCGGCUGUCGGGAUCCCGGCGCCGGUAUACUGUGCGCCGGGAUCCCGUCAGUCGGCAUACUGAAGACCACCCGUAGUUAGGAGCCGAUUGGCUGGUACUUUAUCUCCAGCGACUUUAUCUCCAUUCAAGGCUUAGUAAAUAGACCCCUAAAUCUCCUUGCUCUAUUGUACCCAAUUACCCCCUCUACAUAGUUCACACAAUAUUUACAUUUAUUCAUUUCAUUUACUAUACUCAAACAACUCACUGAUCCACAAAAUAACAUGACCGCAUCACAUAACCCCACUAAGCAGUCUUUAAUAUUGAAAUCUGGCUAAAUGGCUCAUGUUUGAAACCCCUAUUUUCUAUAGCAUUGCGUCAGGGUGUCUUAUCUUUGUCUGUUUGGCAUCCCCAAGUCUUGCUUUAUUAUUGUGCUUGUUAUGCUGUGUAUUUUGGUGCUAUAUAAAUAAAUGUUACACAUUAUUUUUUUGUUUUUAUAAAACGGGAACAUAUAUAAAUAUAUAUAUAUAUAUAUAUAUAUAUGUUUAGCAGUAUAGAUGUCCCUAUGCAGCAGAUGCCAAUAUGCAGCAUUAUAUUACUAGCUCUAGCCAUUAUUUGUGCAGACCUGCUUCACCUUUGGAUCACAGGGAAGCAGGUCCAGAUACCGCCCGCAUGUAAGAAGAAGUCUUUUGCAGAAGAGGGAGAGUGUUAACUUACCAGCCUGGUGAAUUCCACGCUCCUUCUUUCGGCUUGUGACCAGCGCUUGCGAAGCUUCUGUGCAUCCGCAUCUUCUCCCAGUGGCAAAAGCGGUUUUAAUGAAGAAGAAAAAAAAUUAUUGUUCUUUUGUAAGCACCAUCCUUUGCUGUCAGAACUGACAGCCAGGACAGUGCUGUGUGGUACAGGAACGACAGCUGAAGCUGUCGAAAUUAAUUGCUGCAGUUGUCAGAACAGUCAGUGCCACUGACCAUUCAUACAUUUUCCUGCACAUCGGCGCACUAUCUUGAAGAAUGGAGCACCGAUAAUGACGGGGGCACAUAGUGCCCCCUUCAUUCUGAUCGCUUCCUUGCAUGUAAUAAUGCAGGGAAGAGAUCAGAAGACAGGGGCGCUAUGUGCGUCCGUCAUUAUUGGCACUCCAAUCUUUAAGAUAUAGCAUGCACAGUUACCGAUUUUGCCCCUAACGACCCUUCAUACAUCUCCCCUCCAUUGAAACCUACAAUGAUGUUUGUACACUCACCUUAUGUUUGCAUGGGUCAUCUGGCAAAAAUUACCUGUGUUCUUGUGUGUUUGUUUGUGGUAGAGAAAUAGAAUUGUAUACUAAUUUAUGGAAUAAUAUUCUGAUUGCGCAGCUCUGUGAAGUAUUAUGUCUCCAUAUAAAAUAAAAGAAUAACAUCUAAAA